AGCUUGCAUCAAAAUGCAACCCUACCUAUUGAUGGCGGAUUGACGCUUUUCGCUGGCAACCAAAAUUUUCUUUUACAAGCAAUCAAAAAGGUUGCGCGCCGCAAAAUAAGCCAAGAAUUGUACGUUUGAUAUAAUCGGGUACCGCUGUAGUUAAAAACAAGUGCAAUAGCAUUUAACUCGAGUGUUUUCAUCAGUGGCAUAAGUGUGCGGGAAGCAUUUUUUUCUCACAGCUAUGAGACGUCGUAGCGAGCGAAAAAAAUCUUCAUCGCCAGCACCGUUGCCGGCACGCCGCAGCAGACGAUCGCUGAAGGUAUCGGAAAAUGAGAAAACCGAGGAUGAGACGCCAGUCGAGAAGCCAGAUGAAUUAAAAGCGCCACCAAUACUCGAAGAAAUCAAUGAGGAGCGCACUGAACGCGCCUCAAGCGAGGAACAUGCGGUGGCGGCAGCGGCAUCGCCAGUGCGCAAAAGCCGCAACACACGCACGACACCCAAGAAGCGUAAUAGCGCUAGCAAUCAGCGUGAGAAGAGUGGCGAGCGCAAGGUGGAAACAAUACCCGAGGAAAUGGAAAAUGGCUCGGAGACAACUGCUGGCGACAACAACGUCGAUAUCGAUAACAAUCUAUCGGCCGAAAAGGAACCCGAUGAACAAUUGGCCGAACAACAACGGCAAAAGGAGCCAGAGGCAGAGCCAAUUAAACCGGAGAAAGUUCUAGAGGAAGAAGAAGAUGCAGUAAAGGCACCCGAGAAUCCGAAGGAUGAUGAUGAUCAAGCUGACGGAGGACAGGACACGGGCAAGGACACCAACAGCAAUAGCAACAGCAACCGGGAUGAAUGUGCCACUGGCGAACGGAGCGUGGAAGAGGUAAAAGUUGCUUCUUCUUUAAGCUUUACAGCAAGUAAGGAUGAGGACAAUCUAAAAACCACAAGCGAUGUAUUAGAAAUUCAAACAGAGGACGUGGAAGAAAGGAACUCUGAGAGAUUGGAACAGGCAGAGAAGCCCAAAACGGAUGACAACAAGCCAGUCAAACCAGUCAAAAGCGAUGAACACACUGAGAAUCACAAGGCAGGUGUCGAGCCAGCAACAGAGCCGACAUCCAACCAGGAUAAACAGGAAUAUGUGGCGCAACAGCGUUCCGUACGUAAACGCAAAUGGCUGAGCAAAAAGGUGGCGGAUCGAGCUCCACCGGUGCUGGCCAUUUCAACGGAUUCGCUGAAAAACAUCAUUGCCGACGUGGUGAAUCCGGUGCCGCUUAGCGAUGUGCAGUUGGAAUCAUCGUCGGAAGAGGAGGGCCUCGUCACCAGCGACCACGAUACGGACGAGCAUUCGCUGACGCCCGAGUUGCGCGUUAUCAAAGAUCGCGACGAGGGCAACGCGACCGAUGACGAGCAGCAGAAACCACAAGCCAAGCCGAAUGAGAAGGACACACCAACGGCGGCACUGGGUGCAAAUAAAUCAGCCGUCGAACUUGCUUCCAAUGCUGCUGGUGGCGUUGCCGUUGCCCGCUCUCCCAGUCCAGCGCGCAAUCGGGCCAGCCACGUUCUAUUUAUUACCAAUCUGGUGCGUCCCUUUACGGUGCUGCAGCUAAAAGGACUGCUGGCGCGAACUGGCAAGAUAAUUGAUGAGGAUGGCUUCUGGAUAGAUCGCAUCAAGUCCAAGUGCUAUGUUGCAUAUGCCACAGAGGACGAAGCCAUUGAGACACGUCACGCACUGCAUGGCGUCCGUUGGCCGGUCUCGAAUCCCAAGUGUUUGAAUGUUGACUUUGGUAGCCGCACUGACAUGGAUCGAGCCAUACAAACGACAAAGAAUGAGGCACCCAAGUAUCCACAGGAUAAUACCAGAGAUAAUCAACACUCGGGCAACACUUGGUCACGAUUGGAUGCAAGUGAAAAAAAGCCGGUGCGUCCGGUUCGCGAAUGGGAUGUGGGCAAGAAGGAGCCCAAUGAGCGCGACAAGUCAAGUAAUGAUAGGCGCCGCAGCAGUAAGGAGCGCGUUGACGCCAGAUUGCGUGAAUCCGAUCGAGGUAAAGGCGGCGAUGAUGCCGAGCGCAGUGGACAGGAUCGUAAGCGAUCAAGGGAACGAGAACGCGGAGGACGCGAACGGGAGCGUGAACGCCCUGAUCAUCCUGCGCAUGGUCGCAGCAGGAGCGGAUCCCCAGCACUGAAAUCGAGAAAGAAGGAAAAUGAACCACCCAUCAGACUAUUAGAUGACCUAUUUCGCAAAACUAAGGGCACGCCAUGCAUUUAUUGGUUGCCCCUCACGCCGGAAGCUAUCGCGGAAAAGGAGGCGUUCCGUCAGAAGCGCAUUGAGGAACACAAACAGCGAAUUAAGGAGCGCGAGGAGCGUAAUAAGGAGCGCGAAAAGGAUCGUGAUCGUCAGCGGGAUACACGUCGUAAUCGCUCAAAUGAACGUCGACGCUCGCGCAGUCGCGAUCGGGAGCGACGGCGUUACUAGGCAGUAACUAAAUGAACAAGCAAAAUAAAACAAAAACAAAUGAAGUCACCACAACAAAUUUUAAGAGAAAACAACAAAACAAAAUAAUAGCAAGCAGAAGCAGCAGCGAUUCAUUUCGUGGGGCUCUCAUGAAAGCCCUCACAUUUUUAUUUUUGCCAUUUUGAGAAUGUUCUGUGUGAAAAUAUUCCAUUUGAAGUUAAGCUCAACUUCGAAUUGAAUAUUUUUGCGCAAACACUCAGAAAGAUGAAUAACAUUGAGAUUUAAAUUUCUUUUUUUCCCCUUUUCUCUAUUUGCUGUUUUAUAUAUAUACCUACAUAUAUACAUAACUUGAUUUGAUUUCUUUCCCAAAUGUAGCUUUUUACAGCGCGCAUCCACAACAACAACAACAAGAACAACAUCAGGCGGCAGGCAAGUGACACAUGGAUUUGUCUCAGUUUGGAGUCCUAAAACUCUAGCCGCGUUUAAGCUCGCCUAUAAUAUACAUAACUAUAUAUUCAAGCAGCAAAUGCAAAUUAAUUAAAUGAAUUAUUGUAAUUGAAAUUUUAAAGAACUUAAAUAUAACUACUUCACAGAUGGCAAGCUUGUGACCAUGCCAAAAUUUAA